AUGUCGUCACAACUCUCGCUGGCCGAGAUUUUAGAAGAAAUCGAUGAGCCAUUAAUUGCUAUAAGGGAGAUCCUGUCAUUCAUCCUGCAAAGGCCACAGCUCAAAAACAGUCAACAGUUCUCCCUAAAUCAUCAGCUGAGCAACAGUAGCCAAAUCCCUAUUGUGUCAUCGCAGUCACAGGCUGUAGUUCAGCCGCCAGCUCUGCCGCCGGUUUCACCAGCUCUGCCGCCGGUUUCACCAGCUCUGCCGCCGGUUCCACCAGCUCUGCCGCCGGUUCCACCAGCUCUGCCGCCGGUUCCACCAGCUCUGCCGCCGGUUCCACCAGCUCUGCCGCCGGUUCCACCUGUCAGGGUGCUGUCCCUCCCUGCACAUUCUGUUCGUGCCCCUCGUCAAGUCGUUCGCAAGCCGUGGACGGCCAAAAUCUGGACAUCGAGUUCCAGGAGUAGUUCCAGGUUGGCAGAGCAACGUCAGGCCUUAUUGUCAGAGCAGCGACGGUCCGUCUCAUUAAGUCCAGCUCGCCCUCCUGAUCCGGCCGGGCAGGUGGCAGAUGAAAACUUGGGAGCAGAACCAGCGGCCGAAUCGACUAGCCCAGCUCCAGCCGAACCGUCUGAAGUCACAAGACGCAAAGUUCGCGAGACCACUAUGGCAACUGAUCGACCGAUCGGCCGUUGUUUUUACGACUGGCGUCGCCUCGGCUCUGGUGCAUUUUACUAUGGCCACGAAGAUUGCCUCUAUCUCAACAAUAAUGUUGAGGAUGGACGGUUUGAGAAUUUCAAAGAAGUUUUGGGACCUUCUCGCUGUUGCUGA